AUGGACAGCAGAGGCUCUGGGUCCCCAAGUCUCCCAGCAGAGCCUCGAUGUUCCAUGAGUGACAACAUCAACUAUGGUGAUGAGGAACUGGAUCAGGAGACCAUGAACUUCAUUUCUGCUUUGUAUGCCGCCUUGGGGCCUCUCUUGCCCGAAGUCACCAAGCUCCAGGGCCACCAGGACCCUCCUGCCCACCUGAUGGUGGACAUGAAGGCCAAACUGAGGGAGCUGGGGUCAAGCGUCUCUGACGCCAGGAAGAGGCUGCUGAAGUACAACAUCUACCUGAAGAAGAAGCUGGCCAGAGCCAUGCAGGAGAGGAAGGCCCUUCGGGAGCAACAGCUGAGGCAACAAGGAAUUAACGAGCAGGUCGGCACAUCGCAAAUGCAAAGCCUGAUCAGGGCUGAGAUGAGUCCGGGGAAGUCCAGCCUGGGCACAGAGAAGAACAUUCUGGAGAUCCCGUCUGCUGAGCUGGUGAAGAUAAAGCCAGAAAGAAGUCAUCGACGGACCAUCCAGAUCCCUGGGGCUUGUGAUUUGCUUAGAGGUGAGGGGGGUAGAGCUGGGAGAACGCUCACCCCCACCAGCUCAGUCCCCUCUUUGGCUUCUCAGGACACAAUGGAAGAACGUGCCCGGUCGUGCAUGACCCCCCAAGGCAUACUGCAAAGAAGUGUUUGCAAAAUGGAAAACUCAGCUUCCCGUCCUCCUCUGGACAGAAGCCACCUGUGA